AUGGCAAGAUUCCUUCAAGAUUUGUAUUUUUAUAAUACCAUAAUCGAGGGUUAUGCCAAUCUCUUAUAUGUCACUGAUUGCCCUAAGCUGUUGCAAUUCUUUUGCGAUGGACUCUACGAAAAUCAUUCCAUUAGUCCACAUGCUUGUGCGGAUGUCAUAAUGCUUUACAUAUGUCUAAAACAUUUAAAUGGACACUGCAGUGCAGACCAACUGCGGACCACACUGAUUUAUUGGAUCAAAUGCAAUAAUUCGUACGCGCAGCAUUCCCAAAAUCCAACUCAAUUUCAUGUGCAACGUUUGAUUAAAUUUGUUGAUGGCUUCGUAGAAUGCGAACUACCGCGCUUAAGCACAGGAGUCUACCGCUUUUUACGUUGCGUUGCCCCAUUAUCAGAUCAUGGCCUGGAGCUGCAGUCUUGGGAACUUCAAUUGCAUGGAUUGCUUAAGACACCGUUUAGUGGCGUCGAUCAGUAUUAUAAAUUGUUAGAGCUAAUGGAGAUGCUGGGCAGCUGCUCACAGACAGACUGGCUGUUGCCAUCGUUGCGCAAAGUUAAGGAAUUGAUGCAGGGCAGCAAGUGCCAGCUUUUAUCAGAUGCGUACUUUAAAUAUGCGCUUACGGCUAAAACAUGUACACAAAUGAGCAUAUUAAGCGAGCUUUUGCCGCUAGCGGACAAAGGGAGCUGGCACUUGCAACAGUUGCUGCAUGUCUGUAAAAACAAUAACUAUUCAGAACUAAGCAAGCUGGCAGCAGCACAUCUAACUGUCGACAAAACGUUGCUGUCAUUGCUGGAAAUAUUAAACAUACGAACUACACCUAACAGUGAUGAAAAUAUAGAAGAUUUUGGAAGUGAAACAAAUUUAAAGUUCACCUUUCGGCAUGUUUGUGCUCCGAGAAGUCUGAAGCGUAAGCGUUCAUCAAAUGAUGCCAAACUGUUGUUGGAUCAGCUGCAGUCAACGGUGCAGCAGCUGGGCAAAUGCGCUGUGGAACUCGAUGCAGCAGACUUGAGAAAACUGGAACAUUUAAUACAGCGACUGCAAAACAGUUUGCCAGCUUGAAUUAAAUUUUAAUUUCAUUUUAGUCGUAGUUAUAACCAUACAGUAGAUAAUGUUCAUCCUCUACAAAAUCAUCCAACAUUUUUCCGCUUAUUUUCUUCAAUUGUAUACAAUUAUGAAUUAUUAUGUUGAUAGUUUAAGACUAUAGAAGCUAAGGUCCAGAUAAAGAAACCAAUAUAAAAUGUAUGAAAUAACACAUGUAAUACUAAGAUACUACUGUUAAUAAUAAUAAGAUAAUACUGUUAGUUUGG